ACAGCCCACAGGUGCAUCAAAUCACUCUCUACCUACCCACCUUGUUUUCGGACUAGUGAGGAAGAAAGGGUCUAAAACAAACAGCCUUAUAUAGCGACUCUUAUUAGUCUUUCAUCUCACCCUUUUUGUCAAAAUCCCUCUAAACAUUGUUUGCUCACGCCCACUCUUCCUUCUCUGUCUCUAUCUUCAUCUGCCGCAUAGACAACUAUGACUAGUGAAGUGGUAUUGGUUGAUGAAAUCUCUUAUCCUUCCAAGAUCACUACUACCAAGCCCCUCUCUCUGCUGGGUCAUGGGAUUACCGACAUGGAGAUCCACUUUCUCCAAGUGAAAUUCUACUCAAUCGGGGUUUAUUUGGACCCUGAAGUAGUAGGGCACUUGCAGCAGUGGAAAGGUAAAGCUGCAAAGGAGCUCGAAGAGAAAGAUGACUUCUUUGAUGCUCUCAUUUCUGCUCCGGUGGAGAAGGCUAUUAGACUUGUGGUGAUCAAAGAGAUCAAGGGAGCACAAUAUGGGGUUCAGAUUGAGACUGCUGUGAGGGACCGGUUGGCAGCUGAUGACAAAUAUGAGGAUGAAGAAGAAGAAGCUUUGGAAAAAGUUGUUGAGUUUUUUCAGUCUAAAUACUUCAAGAAACAUUCAGUAAUCACAUAUCAUUUCCCAGCAAAUUCUCUAACUGCUGAGAUUGUGGUAUCUUUGGAGGGGAAAGAAGACUCCAAGUUUGUAGUAGAGAAUGCCAAUGUGGUAGAGACCAUCAAGAAAUGGUACCUUGGUGGCUCAGCGGCGGUGUCUCCCUCAACCAUUUCAUCUUUGGCUAGCACUCUCUCGGAGGAGUUGUCCAAGUGAAGAGAACUUGUGUUGUGUAAUCUUGGUGGUAUGUGUUCUGUGUUGCAAUGUUGUAGUAGUUGGAACUUUCUUCAUACUGUAUUUGCGGAUUUCUGCUAUUAACUUAUUUGAAUAAUGUUAAUCUUGUGACAUGCCAAAUUCU